AUGGAGGGGACCGCGGGUGAGAGAGGUUUGGCUCGGGAUGGAGAAGAAAUGGGUGAGGGCACGGAGGACGGUGGUGGGGUGCGCGGGUUGAGCUUGGAAGUGAGGAGAUGGCGAGAGCUGAGGAUGGAGGCUGCGGCGGAGAGAAAAACGAGGGUUAGGGUUAUGAGGCUGAAAAUGGGAGUGGGGCUGUACGUGGUACUCCAAAUCUGA